AUGUCAACAGACUUUCUCUUCUGCCACAGACUGGUUCUGCUUCUACUUCUCGCGUCAUGGUCGAUACCCGUACUCUCGCAAAGAGCGUGUUACUGGCCUGAUGGGUCUCCAACUGUCUCGACCAAUAAUACCUUCAUUGCCUGCAACGCCGAAGGUGUCAGCCACUGCUGCAAUGAAGGCGAAGCCUGUUUGAGCAAUGGGCUAUGUUUUGGUGCGGAUGCUGGCCUGAUGUAUCGUGGCGCAUGCACGGAUAAAACCUGGGGGGAAGACACCGCCGCGUGUCCGUUAUUCUGUACAAAAUCGCCAACAUGGGCCAAUGUUUACAUGUGUCCAAAUGUCGGCACCUGGUGUGGCGACGGCGAGAUGUGUGUACAGGGCGAUGGAUCUAACGAUACCGUAGCAGAGCUGCACAACUGGAGCAAAGGGACAAUCUUACACCUCGCGAAUAUGUCCACUACGGCUAGCCCAAAUUCAACAACAUCAGGCACUGCUGCAACAUCUUCCAGCUGUCUGGCUGGCGUGUGCCUAUCUACGGUCAAGUGUCUUCCCAUAUCCGUUCCAAUCGGCGUGGGCGCGGGAGUCGGGUUCCCUCUUAUACUCUGUGUGAUCGCACUUGGAGUCAUGCUGAAGCGAGAGAAGAGGAAGCGUGGAGUCGUGCUUUCGCAACAUGAGAGCAAGGAAAGCGAUUUGAGGCUGGAUCCCAUGACAUACCAGGACUCUCACAGGGACACGAGCUUCAAAUGGAAUCAAGAUGAGUAUGCGUCGGAGAGACACAUGCUGGGAGGGCAUCAAGUUCAUGAACUUGGUACUCAAGUGUAUGRGCUAUCUCCAUCAGGGCGAGCGAAGUAA